GUCUGAAAGUGCAAUGGCGAUAUUGGACAAUAACAGCCGUCGCUUUCGGGGACCACAUCUCUAUUAUGUGGCUGAGGCUGGAGCAAACACCGUCAGCGGGCUGCAGACGCGCGUGUAACAUCCCGCACGGUGCGCGAGCGUCAACGUGCCACCGGGAGACGUGAUUCCACGACCCGUGCACGCGAUGACGGCUUAGACCCGAACCGCUGGUGCCACGUGUGAAGAGACACCAUGGCCGCACAGGAACCUUCCCCUCCUUCGUCCAUGGAGAGCAACAAGCCCGGGUUCCCCAAGAAGAUCCUGGGCAACAAGCUGGAGGACAAGCACCUGUGCAACUGCUGCCACAACAUACUCCGUCGACCGUUUCAGGCCCAGUGUGGACACCGCUUCUGUUCCUACUGCUUCAACAGGACAGUCAGUAAUGGACCCCAGAAAUGCAGUGCCUGCAUUAAAGAGGAUAUUUUUGAGGACCCUACGUCCAUUUUGAAACAAGGAUGUGCUUUUCCUGACAACGCUGUUCGAAGGGAAGUUGAGAACCUAUCAGCUGUUUGUAUCAAUGAAAAUUGCACUUGGAAAGGCAGCAUUAAAGAGUACGAGCUGAACCACGAGGGGAAGUGUGAGUUCAUGAUCAUCCCCUGCCCGUCCUGCAAAGAACGGAUCCGCUUCAACGAACAAGAACGCCAUAAUGAGCGAGAGUGCCCGGAGAGAACGCUCAACUGCAAGUACUGCAAGGAGCCAUUUCACUUCAAAAACAUCAAGGCACAUGAUGAGAUCUGUCCCAAGUACCCGAUGAUCUGUGAAGGCUGCGCCAAGAAGAAAAUACCCAGAGAGAAGUAUGUCGACCAUAUUAAGUUCUGCAGCAAAUUCAGAACUCCGUGUCGAUUUCAUGUUGUGGGAUGUGACAUUUCUGUGGAGAAGGAGAAGAUUCAUGACCAUGAGCGCGCCUACGCCUACGAGCACCUCAAUUUGUUGUUGCACUACAUCAUGGGCAUGAAAGUGAGCAUGGAGGGCCUGCAGCCCCAGGGACUGGAAGUAGCCGGACACAAACUGGUGGAGCUCCAACAGUCCCUCAGGGAGCUCGAGGCCAGAGUCUCCCAGCUCAUCACCACCUCCUCUGGGCCUCCCGUGCAGGGAGCCGCCGCCUCCUCUUCAUCCUCCAGCUCCGGUCCCCCCGGUCCACCUGCUUCAGCUCCUCUCCCCCCACCACCCACUCUGGCUCCCACCCUCUCUGUGUCCACCUCUUUCACACCUUUGCCCAGCUCGGUGGGAGCAGCGCUGGAGCUCCAGCUCCACAGCGAGAAGACCAAGGUGGCCGAGCUGGGGCGCAGGUGCACGGAGCUGGAGGUCAAAUCAGGCACGUUUGAAAAUGUGGUGUGUGUGCUGAACAGAGAAGUGGAGAGGUUUGCCACCACCAUGGAGGCCAGCAACCGUCAGCAUAAACUGGACCAGGAUAAGAUCGAGGCUCUCAGUAAUAAGGUGCGACAGCUGGAGAGGACAGUGGGGCUGAAGGACCUGACAGUUGCUGAGAUGGAGGGCCGGCUCAGAGAAAUGUCUGCCACCACCUUCGACGGUGUCUUUGUCUGGAGGAUCUCUGAUUUUGCCAAAAAGAGACAAGAUGCAAUCGCAGGUCGAGCCCCUGCCAUGUUCUCACCAGCCUUCUACACCAACAAGUAUGGCUACAAGAUGUGUCUGCGGAUCUAUCUGAAUGGAGAUGGGACGGGGCGUGGCAGCCACUUGUCUUUGUUCUUCGUGGUGAUGAGGGGGCUGAGUGACGCUCUGCUCAAAUGGCCCUUUAACCAGAAGGUGACAUUGAUGCUGCUGGACCAGAGCAACAGGGAGCACAUCAUCGACGCCUUUCGACCUGAUGUCACGUCCUCCUCCUUCCAGAGACCCGUGAGCGAGAUGAACAUCGCCAGCGGCUGUCCGCUCUUCUGCCCGCUCUCCAAGCUCGAUGCCAAGAACUCCUACAUUCGCGACGACACCAUUUUCAUCAAGGCAAUCGUGGACCUCACUGGCCUCUAGAUGGGUGAUUCCACAGGGUGGGACAAUUUGGCAACCAGGCAGCUCUUAGACCAUUACGGCUUCAUUUUGGCUCAGUCGUGGUCCCUCUAGGGCUCCUCCGUUCAGGCAUCUUACUGUCCCUCUGCAGCUUUAGGGAGACAAACAUGCUUGCAACUGCACGCUGGGUGUGGCUGCAGUUUGCUCAGUCCAGGCGGCGCUGGCAUCGUCAUACCCGGUGGUCUCUAUGCGCGAACCACCGUCAUUAGUGUACAUUUUGGGAGCAAAACUUUUUUUUCCCUUUUGACUUCACAGCACCAGUCCCAUGGUGAUGAAGUGUCACUUCUAUUCUGCACAUACGUUUUCAGUUAAAGGACACAGACGUGAGCACCAGUGCAGCGUGGUCGGCACAGUGUCGAGUCGAAACAAAAUGUUGACGGAGUGAAAAGAGCGGAACAGCAUCUUUUUUCAUCUCCUGCGUGUGAAGAGUUGGGACAUGCAGACUGUGUUAGUGGAGGAUUGUAGAUUACAGGUCGUGUAAGUGAUGAUUCUGAUGUUGCUGUAGAACGCUGGCAGUAGACUUGUACUAGAGUUAGAGCGUGGCUUGAUGCAGUUUUAGCUUUUUCUUGCAGACUGUGGAUAUUGUGAGCUUCUCAAUUCCAGUGUGGAGUGAAUUUGCAUAGACAAACGUGGAGUUAUGUUAUGAAUAAGAUUACAGGCGUUUAUUUUUGCCUCUUUUUUUGCGCAAAGUGCAUGCUGCUGGCGUUUUAAGUAUAAAGUUGCUCCUUAAUAUGACUGAGCUUUAUGAGGGUUCCUCGUUUGUUGUGAAACUUGUUAGUGAAUUAGCCAUCCGUGAUGGUGGACAUUGCCUGCAUGUCUUUGGAAACAGGCUAUUUACAUGUAAAGUUAGUGUCGCGUAAGUGUUCCUAAUAGGGGUUGGUGGUUCUGAUCGGUGGAUUGGUACAUCUGUGGAAGAUACAGUGAAGUUACCAAGGAGUCAGGGCAGCUUGCCAGUCAAGCCUGAGGCGUAAAACUCCAACAAACACACAUAGAUGGAGUUUUCCCCCGGGGAUAUGCUCAUUAGCUCACAUCUCAACACAUAGUACUGUGCCCCACCACAGACUGAGGUCAACACAGAUUCCACGAAAUGAAGGAAAUGUCCGUUCCUUGUUUUCUGUCCUUACGGUAUAUGUGUUUCUGCUGCUCUGAGAUAGAAUCUAAUAUAUAUGUUGGCGCAAAUAUACAUGAGGUAAAUGUGUGUGGCGAGAGGCUGAAUACAAGAAGUUGUGAUACGUUGUUGUAGGUGACGGGCCAUUGUGGACUUUAUUUAUUGCAGAUUGAUGUUCAAGUGCAGCCCCAGAUUAACUUCGAGACUUCAGUGUUUUAAUGUGCUCUCACUUAUCUCCAAUACGGCACCACAAAUCAAACACAUGGAUCGACAGUAUUUACACAUAUAUAUCGAGAUGUUUCUGCAAUUAUUCUACGUGUCCACCAGGGAUUGCUGUUCUACUUACUUAGCAUGCAUGCUGAGGUUUUAAGGUUUCACGCUGGCCUGUUUGAAAACCAGUCUCGACCUGUAUUGGAACCUCUCUGUGCAUGGGAGGCUUCAAUUCAUAUUCACUAUGGAGUUUCACGCCGGUUUCCUACGCGUGUGAAAGCAUUUAUUUGUAUUUGUUUGGAUGAGAAGACGUAAUCAUAGAAUAGUUAUUAUGUUAUAUCUGGCGCUGCUUCUGUUUCAACAGAUGCCUCUGCCUAUAUUCAUAGCAAUUUAUAUAU